AUGGCUCCGUUCCGCUCCGGCCCGGCGUGGUGGCGCCUCCUGUCCCUGGCCGUGCUCGGCCCCGCGCUCUGCGGCCGCCCGGCGCGGGCCGAGCCGGAGCCGGGGCCGGGCCCGGCGGCGGAGGGGGACCCGCACGGGCGGCACCUCUACAGCGCGGAGAUGCUGCGGCACGGCGCCGCCGCCGCCCCCCACUUCGUCAUGUUCUUCGCGCCCUGGUGUGGACAUUGUCAGCGCCUCCAGCCAACUUGGAAUGACUUGGGAGAUAAAUACAACAACAUGGAAAACCCACAGGUCUAUGUUGUUAAAGUGGAUUGUACUGUAGAUCUUCCACUGUGCUCUGAAUUUGGCGUGCGAGGAUACCCUACGCUAAAGUUGCUUAAACCGGGACAAGAACCUCUGAAAUACCAAGGCCCUAGGGACUUCCAGGCACUGGAAAACUGGAUGUUGGAGAAACUAAAUGAGGAACCAUCUGACCCUGAAUCUGAUGUGGAACCACCAAAAGCCCCUGAACCUAAGCAAGGAAUGUAUGAACUCUCAGCAGACAAUUUCAAGAUGCACAUAGCAGAAGGUAAUCACUUCAUCAAGUUCUUUGCCCCGUGGUGUGGUCACUGCAAGGCUUUGGCCCCAACCUGGGAGCAGCUGGCUCAAGUCUUUGAGCAUUCGGAAACUGUCAAAAUUGGUAAGGUCGACUGUACCCAGCAUUACGAAGUCUGCUCUGAAGCCCAAGUUCGUGGUUAUCCCACACUCCUCUGGUUUAGGAAUGGUGAAAAGGGUGACCAAUACAAAGGGAAGAGGGACUUUGAUUCCUUGAAAGAAUAUGUGGAUUCCCAACUGCAGAGCUCUGGGAAGGAGCCACCAGCAGAUAAACCUGUUGAAGCCCCCCCACAGCCACCUGCAGAGCCCACCCCUGUUGAGGGGCAGGCUUCAGUACUCGCUCUCUCUGAAAAAGACUUUGAUGCAACCAUUGCUAGGGGGAUCACCUUUAUUAAAUUCUACGCUCCAUGGUGUGGUCACUGUAAGAACUUGGCUCCAAUCUGGGAGAACCUUGCCAAAGAGCAAUUUCCAGGUUUGACUGAUGUCAAAAUAGCAGAAGUGGACUGCACUGUGGAACGUAACAUCUGCAACAGAUUUUCUGUCAAUGGUUAUCCUACACUUCUGCUUUUCCGAGGUGGAAAGAAAAUCGGUGAACACAACGGAACGAGAGACCUCAAAUCACUGCAUAACUUUGUCCUGCGUCAGGCAAGGGAUGAACUGUAAUAAAAGUCUGGAUGCUCUGUA